CUUGGUUGUUCCCCCACUUCGCCCUCACUGAUCCAGAUACUGCCUUUAAAAGACAGAGUCAUAUCAGAAGACCAGGUUUCAAGCUCGUAUACCGUGGGCGUCUUCCAGAAUGUCGUUCGGAGGCCAAACACCCACUAUUAUAGUGUUGAAGGAAGGGACCGACCAGGCCCAAGGGAGGGGACAAAUAAUAUCGAAUAUUAAUGCUUGCCUUGCUGUGCAGGAAACAAUCAAAAGCACGCUGGGACCAUAUGGCGGGGAUCUACUUCUAGUUGAUGAGAAUGGCAAGCAGACUAUUACGAAUGAUGGCGCCACGGUUAUGAAGCUUCUGGACAUCGUCCACCCGGCCGCUCGAAUCCUCACAGACAUCGCCCGUUCUCAAGAUGCAGAAGUUGGUGACGGCACGACAUCGGUUGUGGUAUUGGCCGGAGAGAUCCUUAAGGAGAUAAAAGAGUUUGUCGAGCAGGGUGUCAGCAGCCAGACAAUCAUCAAGGGCUUAAGACGAGCUUCGCACAUGGCUGUCAACAAAAUCAAGGAGAUUGCUGUGGACACAGCGGAGUCCAACCAGAGAGAGACCCUUCAAAAGCUUGCUGCGACGGCUAUGAGCAGCAAGCUGAUCAACAGGAAUUCCGGCUUCUUCACGAAAAUGGUGGUAGACGCUGUACUGUCUCUUGACCAAGACGACCUGAACGAGAAACUCAUCGGUAUCAAGAAGAUUACCGGCGGUGCGCUACAGGACUCGCUGUUCGUGAACGGUGUAGCUUUCAAGAAGACCUUCUCCUAUGCCGGAUUCGAGCAGCAACCGAAGUCUUUCAAGGACCCGAAGAUCGUAUGUCUCAACGUGGAGCUAGAGCUUAAGAGUGAGAAGGACAAUGCGGAAGUCAGGGUGGAACAAGUUUCAGAAUACCAGGCUAUCGUGGAUGCAGAGUGGCAGAUCAUCUUUAACAAGAUGGAGGCUCUGUACAAGACUGGUGCAAAGGUCGUCCUCAGCAAACUGCCAAUCGGCGAUCUCGCCACGCAAUACUUUGCCGAUCGGGAUGUGUUCUGCGCCGGACGUGUCGCAUCCGAUGAUCUGGAGCGGGUUUGCCAAGCAACAGGAGCCAGCAUUCAAUCAACUUGCUCAGAUAUCCAGGCCAAACACCUCGGUACCUGCGAGCGUUUUGAGGAGCGCCAAAUUGGUGGUGAGCGCUUCAACUUCUUUGAGGGAUGCCCUGCCGCAAAGACCUGUACGCUAGUGCUGCGCGGCGGCGCAGAGCAGUUCAUUGCAGAGGUUGAGCGAAGUCUGCACGACGCCAUCAUGAUCGUCAAGCGUGCGAUCAAGAACAAGAACAUUGUCGCUGGUGGUGGUGCCUGUGAGAUGGAGAUCUCUUUCUACCUACAUCAGUUCGCGAACGUCAACAUCCCACACAAGCAGCAGGCUAUCAUCAAAGCAUUUGCGAAAGCGCUUGAGGUGAUCCCGCGACAGCUAUGCGACAACGCAGGAUUUGAUGCCACGGAUAUCCUCAACAAGCUCCGGUUCGCACACAAGCAACACAACACGUGGGCCGGUGUUGACUUUGUCCACGAGGGCGUUGCCAACAACAUGGAGAAAUUUGUCUGGGAACCUAGUCUGGUGAAGGUUAAUGCCAUCCAGGCAGCGACUGAAGCGGCUUGCCUGAUCUUGAGCGUGGAUGAGACGAUAAAGAACCAAGAGUCACAACAACCGCAAGCGCCACAGAGAGGUCUUCCGCCCGGGGCGGCGCAGCGAGCUCUGAGAGGUCGUGGGCGUGGCAUGCCCCGGAGGUAAAUUUCCAACCGACGGCGACGGAUCGGCUGGGGUGGAGAAAAGCAUGCUGUAUAGCACGUUGUAGAUAUACCAAGUACACAUCAUGCACUGGUCGUAUACUCUGCAUGGGUCUUGGUAACCUAGAACUCAUCCGGGAGGGCGACAAGCGCACACCGCCCGUAUGUAAUAGUCUGUGCGCCGCUCAUCGGUUGUGAUGAUCGAGAUAACCUAUAGAUCUGCAACUAGCAAGUCUUGAAAUAAAAAACUUCUGAAUUGAGCCUGCUCAUGUAUGGAUAGACUUAUCGCGAUAGAUUGCUUUACGGCCAUGACACCUCGUCGAUACCCGAAACAAGAGAGAUAAGCAGUCUGACUGCUUUGAUUGAAGCCGAG